AUCCAAGGACAGACGGCACUGAGGGGAGGGGAAAUAACACACUCUCAGUCACACCUACCCCUCAGCCUCACACAGCCUCUGAGAGAGACAGAACAGAUCUUGACAUUGUGAGGAAGAUGCAUGUCUACAUCAGAGGAGCAUCCACAGGACAGGACAAUAGCUCCUAAAGCUGCUGAGGCAAAUACAUGCCAAGGACUACAAAUAAAGAGAGAGAGAGAGAGCACAGCGAGCCCAGAGGGAAGGACAUUUCAGAAAGGGUAAAACAGGGAGGAAGAAGCAAUAACUGCAGGUUUAUUCUGCUGUUUAAAGAGGAUCUAAGCAGCAGUCUUUAGAAAGCUUCCUUUUGGGGUUUCUGCUCCUCUCUGCACACGGACUCAGAGCUGCUGCUGCUGCGAGGUUACAGUCUCAGUGCGUCUGUGCACAGCACCAGAGAAAGACUGCUGCUUUUACAGUCCGAAGAACCAUGAGUGAGGCGAAGAAAGGUGAGCUAGCCAUCCGGGAUAAAGCCAUCCUGCACCAGCAGAGGCGUCUGAAGCAGGCCACCCAGUUCACACACAAGGACUCAGCUGACCUCCUGCCCCUGGACGGGCUCAAGAGACUCGGCACAUCCAAAGACUUGCAACCUCACAGCAUCGUCCAGCGCCGCCUGCUGGAGGGGAACAUCACGCGGCUGCGAGGGGAGGCCCGGGACCUCAACGCCAGGGUUCGCUCCCCGCUGGCCGACACCAAGGACGGACCCGCCGACGCCGAGGAGAGGAGCGAGAGCACGGCCGACGACUCCACAGAGGAGAGGGAGUCUCUGGAGGAGAGCGAGAGGAGCCUACGGUCCGACGAAGAGGACGACAGCAGCGAAGCCGGAGCCAGACAGACAGCGGAGAAGAGCGAGGGCACGGAGACCUCAACCCUCCUCACAGCUCUGGUUAUUCAAUGCCAGUGCUGCGAGACUGAAGUCAAGGCAUCCAUCAACACUGGCAGCCAACACAACCACAUCUCCAGCUCCUGCUGCCAGAGGCUGGGGCUGGUGCCCAGUCAGGACAGUUCACCAUGUGGAGGGAGCGGCUCAGUGACGGAUCUGCAGCUGCAGCUGGGCAGACAGACGGUCCAGUGUUCAGCUUAUGUCAAAGAGGAUGAGGCGUUUGAGCUGUGCCUGGGUCUGCAGACUCUGCUGGAACUUAAAUGCUGCCUGGACCUGAGCAGCCAGGUCCUGAAGCUGCAGGGCUGCGGCGAGGAGCUGCCCUUCCUGAACCCUUCGACCGACAGCCAGUGCCAACACGACACCAACGAGAACCUGUGAGCCCGACCCGGCGGCGGGGGCGGCGACCACUUCCUCUGAUCCCGACUGGUUGCAGCAGCGAUGCCGUUUGUGUCUGGACGAGUCCGAUCACAGUGUCUCUCACACACUGCCAGAACAUGGAUGAGCGUUCGCCACCGUGGCUCUAGAGUUUACAUCAUUGUGUUUGUAGAAUUAAAACAUUCACCAUGAUUAUCUCUUAUAUUAAAUUAGUCUAGUUUACAGAGCCAAUCCGAUCUCUGAGAGUCUAAUCAUUCUUUAUGAUUAUAUUGUAUAUUAAAACAAAUUCCUCUGUUGAGCUGCUUGGGUCCACUGAUGCUCUCAAAAAGGGAGAAAACCGUUAUAAUCAUUUGAAGUGAUCUUUAGUGGAGUAUUUUGUGAUUUGGCUGUACAAGAAUUAUUUUAAAUCAUUAAGUAAAUUUAAAAAAAUGUUAAGUGUAAAUCAUUUCAGUUUAGAUGGUGUGAAGGGAAAAGUUUUAUAUUUUGGUACACAUGCAAGUUAAUUAUCUUAUCAAGUUAUAAGAGAAGUUACAUAGCUGCAGCUGGUUAGCUUAGCUUAGCAUAAAGACUGGAAACAAGGAAAAACAGCUGUGUAAAGGUCACAAAGUCCGCCUAUCAGCAGCUCUAAAGCUCACUAAUUAACAUGCAACAUCUCUGUUUAACCCGUACAAACACUGAAAUGUAACCAUAUCAAGUGUAGCAUAAAAAGUGCACUAUUCAGAUGAUCUAUAGUGCAUGGUUGCAAGUGCAUUUAGGGCGUAUUUUGUUGGUUAAAUGGAGUAUAAUCUGGGUGCAUAGUGCUGUGCAAGGGGCAAAGGGAUUCUAAAAGGAAAUGUCUUAAUUAGUCAUGGGAGUAUUUUGGGCAUAACAUAAAUUAAAUCAAUUUUAACACCCCAAUCCCUUGAAAAGCCUGUCUCACCUGCACUUGGAGCAUUGCUCUUCAAAUGCAGAAACUGGCAAAUUGCAGCCGCUCCCUUGCCACCAAUCAACAACUCAGGUUGACUACAUAUGAGAAAAUGCACUGAUAACCUGUUUUAGUACUCCCUGUAUAGUUGAACAAACAUAUAGUUAGUGUUAGUGAUGCACAGAUCGGCUCUGACAUCAUCCGAACACCACCCACUGAAAUAGUUCAUUUCUUCAAUUUAGAGACCUGCAACUACUUAGAUGGACAUUUCUAAAACUACUUUAAUGAUGAGGGCUCUGCUUUGAGUAAUUAUCAAUAUUUCCAUGCAUGCAGUAAAUGUGACAGCAGCAAAUAGCACGAGACAGUUAAGCAUCAAAACUAAAAAAAACUGUAGUUAUAAGAACAAAAAUUUUAGUUUCUGAAAUAAUCAAUGAAGUCACGGUGCUGUUUCUUGUGCAUAAACCUUACAGUAUCUUUCUUAAUAGGUUAUAUUAUUUUAUGUUCACAUUUUACAAUAUAUAAUUGAUAUGAAUUAUCAAUUAAUAAUUAAUAAUUAAACCUUAUUAAUGAGUUGGCAGACAGAACUGCAAUUUGUGCAUCACUAGUACGCUCAUUGUGAAUCUGAAUAAUGCAUCCUUUAAACAGCAGGAAAAUACUGCGCCACUGACUUUGGACCGGGUUUUUGUUGGUGGAUGGUGCAAUUGCUUUCUGCUGUCUCAAGAUAGAAAUGCAUUUCAAAACAACAUGCCCAUGGGUGCACAGAUGGCUGCAAGAAGGCUACAUUUGCAACUUACAUAAUAUGGGUUCUGGGCAUAAAAAUGACAGCUGCCUCGAUCUGAAACUAACCAAUGCACCGUGUGUAAGAUAGGCCCAAACCCUUGCAAAACUGCAAUUUGACAGUUUUCCAUUUCAGUGACAUUUAAGCAGCUGUUCCCCAUGUUCUCCAGUCUUCAUGCUAAGCUAAAUGAAACGGCUGCUGGCUGUACAGUAGCUUCAUCUUUAAAGUAGACACGAGAGAGGUAUAAAUCUUCUCUCUGUACUCACGUCAAGAAUGUGAAUAAGCACAUUUCCAAAUUGUCACACUAUUCCUUUAAGAGUCAUGACCAGUCUAGAAAAGUGCCAGUGCUCAGGAUCCCCUUUCCAGUGUGUUAAAAGAACAUUUUAACAAGCCUUUGACAAGUUUUUUGAAGUAGUGUGUAAUUAGGUUUGGAUCAGGCUACCUCUUUAAAAAGACAGUGACGAGUUCUCAUGUAGAUUUAAAAAAAAACCGAGAGAUCUGAGGAAAACACCACCUCGACCUUUUCUGAUGUACUAAUGUUCAGCUUUGUAAAGCCCCUUCGCUCUUUUUUUCCCCACAUCAAAAGACUGAUGUGGUGAAGUUUUCCAGGAGCACACUUCCAGUCUGUCACAGCAGCCUCGACUGAUUUAAAGUAGUUCCCCUCUAAAACCCUGUCUAAUAAAAAUAGAUGUAAGGCCAGCCAGCUAAACAUAUUUGACUCAGCUACAGAAAUAUCAAAACAUUCCAUCUGCAUGACUUUGUAAAGUUCUGCCUUUGUAUAAGUCUGCAUGUUUGUGUACUAGUCUGAUUGUGUGUGAAGGGGCUGUGAACGUGUGUGUGUGUGUGUGUGUGUGUGUGUGCGUUAGGAGUCGAAGCAGGUUUUUUCAUGCCUUGUUUUUGGCUCACAUGGGAAAAAGUGGAAUAUCUUCCCCUAAAAACCGGUCUGUCGAAAAAGCUGCCAAAAGCCGACCCCAGCUGCCUUCCCUCUCUGCCUCUUUCAGGAGAUUCUCAUCAGGCCGCGCUCUGUGCCAAGGCCCCUCUUCAAGCUCGUCGUUAUUCAGAAGGCCGGUCUUCUCCGUGUAUUCACCACCUAUUUUUUUUGGCUGAUGUUCUUCAUUUUUUUGAACUCCCCACUACAGUGCCACCUGCCUCUUUUCGUCUCAGUGUUUUCAGUGUGGAGAAUCAAGAAACUGCCUCAGAUCAUGCUGUGCUUUAACAACACCUGAGCCGUGCCGUGCUUCUUUUUUUGACUUGCUUACAGUAUCCAUGCGGCCUCUCCGCAGAGGUCGUCCACACGUAGAUUGGCAAUGUUUGUUUCUCUUUUGAUGUACUAGUGACCUUCCUACGCCGUGUGAGAGGAAUCGAUGUGUGACAGAAAUUUAUUUUUGGUGUUUCUCUUCUUCUGAACAGUAUUUUCUCUGCCUAAUAAAAAUAUGUAUUCUGGCUAA